AUGUUAAACACCAGUUUGGCUCAGAUGCACCCAAAAUUGCGUACAAAUGGUAUGGGCAUCGGGAAUAAUCACAGAAGAAUAUCUCUCGGUUUCCUGCAACCUAGCAAACGAAAUCCUCUGGUGAGGAAAUAUAAGCCACGAAGAAGGUAUGGAUCAGAUCAGCCAAGUUUUCGAUCCUUAGGUGACGAUUUUGGGAGCACCGUAGCGCGGGAAGACACAGAUUUGGCAAUCGAUGAAGAACUUGGAGAAGCGGAAUCGCCUGAUGGUGGAGAACUUAGCAGGACAGUUUCUCUGCCGUCAAGAGUAAGUGAAGGUCCCGAUGUUCAUUCUGAGGUGGACUGGAUUUUGGAGGAACAUGAAAGAAGAUACUCUACAGCGCAUCCCAGCGACGAGGAAUUGGAACCGGAAGGUGACAACGAAUCGUCAAAUGACCAGGAACAAGAAGAGGGGAUUGAAUAUGGCGAUUUCAUGAGAAGAGUGAGGCAGCAGCUCUUGCAAGAUAUGCAUAGACGACAACCCAGACUGUCAUACGUAUCAGUGAGCAGUCGAGGCUCGGUCCCUAACAUAUACGAGUCUCUUGAUCGAAAGGAGGAUUACGAACAGGAAGUGGUAACUUACAAAAGCGAGGCCAGAAUGUUGGCGAGCUAUUCGAUACCACUGAUCUUAACAUUUCUGCUGGAACAACUGUUUCCCCUGGUUUGCUCACUCACUGUGGGGCAUUUGGGUAAAAAUGAGCUUGCAGCAGUCUCCUUGGCAUCAAUGACCACUAAUAUUACUUUGGCAGUAUUCGAGGGCAUUUCAACCAGUCUGGAUACUUUAUGCCCCCAAGCAUAUGGUGCUGGAAACUAUCGUGGUGUAGGAAUCCAUUUACAGAGAUGCAUUGCAUUCUCUAUGGUUGUUUAUAUCCCAUUUGCUAUCUUUUGGUAUUUCUCAGAAUACUUUUUAGGCUUCGUUGUGAAAGAAAAGGAACUGGUCGCAUUGACUGCCAAGUUUCUGAGAAUCGCCAUACUGGGUGCGCCAGCCUAUAUUGCUUUCGAAAAUUUGAAAAGGUUCUUACAAGCACAGGGUAUCUUUGACGCUGGCAUUUACGUUCUGUUAAUAUGUGCGCCUUUGAAUAUUUUUGUUAGCUACACACUUGUGUGGAAUUCCAGAUUCGGCAUUGGGUACAUCGGCGCUCCAAUUGCGAUGGUUAUCAACUUCUGGCUCAUGCUUGUGUUGCUGGUGCUAUACAUUAUUUAUGUGGACGGCAGCGAGUGCUGGGGCGGCCUCAACAAGAAGGCAUUCACACACUGGAAGGCCUUGUCGGAACUGGCAAUCCCAGGUAUUAUUAUGCUUGAGGCUGAGGAUCUCUCGUACGAGAUCUUGACCUUGUUCAGCUCUUAUUUUGGGACGAGUUAUCUAGCUGCUCAAUCAGCGGUUUCUACGACCGUGACGUUGACCUACAUGAUCCCAUUUGCCGUUGGGAUUUCAUCUUCCACUCGAAUUUCAAACUUUGUGGGUGCUAGAAGGCCCGAUUGUGCCAAGAUAGCAUGUGAAGUGGGACUCUCGUGCUCUUUUCUCGUCGGUCUAUUGAAUUGCAUCGUAUUGGUGAGUGGCCGGCAAUUAGUCGCAAAGAUCUACUCCAAAGACGCAGAAGUAGUCCAAUUGAUCACAGAGCUGUUGCCAUUGGUCGGGAUAGUCGAGAUCUUUGAUUCCUUGAACGCCAUAGCAGGAUCAUGUUUGCGCGGACAAGGCAUGCAGGCAAUUGGUGGUGUUAUCAACCUGGUGGUAUACUAUCUACUGGCGAUCCCGUUGGGCAUUUUGCUCGGCUGGACAUUCGAUAUGAAAUUAUUCGGACUAUGGAUUGGAAUUGGGACAGGUAUGUUCCUGAUCGGAACCACCGAAGGGUAUCUUGUACUAUUCCCCAAUUGGAAAAAGAUUCUCGAAACUGCUGCCAUGCGCAAGGAAGCGGAAGAUGCCGAGUCGGACGACGACUAUGUAUCAAGCGACUCUGACGAUGAUGACACGCCAACAGAUGAGACAAGACUACUUCGCAGGUAA